UUCCUCCAGGCUGUUCUCUUAGCUGGUGGGGGAACCUAGACUUCGUACCCCUUGGUCUUCUGACCUGGUCGUCCUGGGGCAGCUACCAGGUGGGGCCACAUUCCUGACUUCCAGGUGGGUUGGGCCUCAGAGGGCAGCCGUGAGCCUCGGGACUCUAGUCCUGUGUUAGCCAGGGACAGCUCAGGAUGAAAGCCGGUGGCAUUCCUCCCUAUCCCAGCGGAGCGGGGCAGGGGUCUUUGCCAGGCCACUCCCUCUCUCCCCGUGGGUGAAUGAGGAAACAGGCUCAGAGGCAGGCUCACUGGUCAGGGUGGUGGUGGUGCACUCAAAUCCAUAGGAAGAGGGCUGCUGAGUCAAAGCGGCCGCUGUUCCCCACACUGCCCACUGACCACUCAUGUCAGAGCUGCUUCCACCCCUACCGGUGGUGGCCUCAGCAGACUCACUUGAGGAGUGGUGGGGCUGGCGGAGACAAAACGUUCUGUUCCCUGGUCUGUGUGCCACCCUCUCUGCCCCCCGGGCCUUUCCUCAGCCAGCCCCACUGCCCCCAGUUAAAUACUUGCUACCUCCUGAGGUUGCUGGGACAGACCCCACUUCUCAGAUGAAGAAACUGGGGUCUUACCAUGGACAGCUGGCUCCAGUUAGGGUUUCUGCCUCUGGGACAGUACCCUUCACUCCCUGUACUUUAUGCUUGAGGCUGCUGUGUGCAUGUCUGAGCACCUUGCAUGAGUGAGUAGGGGUGACAGGUGGCAGGAACAGUGCAAACUUUUUUGGAUGCUGAUUGCUGGCUCAGAAGGGAGACGCUGGGCGUAAUGAAAUCAGAUAAGAGGUGGCCCAGGAACUAAGAAUAGGAUUGGGCACAGGCUCCUGGUCAGGCAGGGGCAUGUCAGUACCAGCCAGGAAGCAGACUGCUGCACCCAAGGAACAGAGCAAGGAGUGGGGCUCAGGACCCAAGGUUCCAAGGAAGGGGGCAGAGUCCGGCUCAGCUCAUAUGCAGCUGAUAGGUCAGAAAUCAGGGAGAAGGCAAGGAUUGGGAUCCAAGGCACCGGGUGAGCUCUGUGCUCAGACGAAGCACCUCCUGGCAACCAUGGCCUUCCUGGUGUCUGGGACUCUGCAGGUGGCUGCACAAGUGGCAGAUGCUCAAGACAGCCUGGGAAGAAAGGGGAAGUACAGUGUGCAGGGUCCAAGGGUGGCCCUGACACUCAGCAGCCCUGAGGUGUCAGCCUCUACAGUGUCUUUCCUGGAGGGUGUGUUCCAGACUCUGGGCUUUGAGAGCUGCUGGAGGAGGGAGGCCUUGGUUCAGGACUUCCUUGAGGAGCUGACUGGGUUCCGGAAACAGCUGGUUGCCCAUGGGGCCCCUGUGGGCUGUGUCCUAGUGGCCUUGGUGGCCCCCAGUGGGCAGCUGAGGCAGCCACAGAAGUUGGUUUGGGAGCUGAGUGGUUGUGGGGCCCUGCGGGGCUGCCCCAAAGUCUUCCUCUUGCUCUCGAGCGCUCCUAGGGCCGCCCCCGAGCCCGGAGCCUUCCUCACUAGCCUGCGUGAACUCUGUGGCCGCUGCCCUCACUGGUCGCUGCUGCAGCUGCUGACGGAGGUCUUCUGCAGGACAGCUGAAGAGUCCUCAGGGGUCAUCUACUGCCCAGUCCUUCGGAGCUCCUUGCGGGGGGCACUGUGCCUUGGGAAGGCAGAGCCCUGGCGGCCUGAGGCAGAACCCAGCCCCAGUGCUCAGUACGACCAGUCUGGGGACAGGGCUGCCCUCCUGCUAGCUGUCAUCCGGGACCGGCCUGGGGCCCAGCACGAUGUGGACGCACUGGGGGGCCUAUGCCGGGCCCUGGGCUUUGAGACCACCCUGAGGAUAGACCCUACAGCUCAGGCUUUCCAGGAGGAGCUGGCCCAAUUCCAGGAGCGGCUGGACACCUGCAGGAGCCCCGUGAGCUGUGCCCUUGUGGCCCUGAUGGCUCAUGGGGGGCCUCAGGGGCAGCUGCUGGGGGCCGAUGGGCAAGAGGUACAGCCAGAAGCAUUUGUACAGGAGCUGAGCCGCUGCAGGGCCCUGCGGGGCUGCCCCAAGAUCUUCCUGAUUCAGGCUUGCCGUGGGAGACACAGGGAUGCUGGCAUGGGGCCCACUGCUCUCCCUUGGUUCUGGCGCUGGCUGUGGGCAGCACCAGCCACCCCCUCCCACGCCGAUGUCCUCCAGAUUUAUGCAGAUGUCCAAGGCAGCAGCUCCAGGGGCCGCACUCCAGGGAGCCGUGACCAAGCAGACAUCCUAACGGUCUAUGCAGCUGCUGAGGGCUGUGUAGCUUAUCGGGAUGAGAAGGGUUCCGACUUCAUCCAGACGCUGGUGGAGGUCCUCAGAGCUGCCCCUGAGGGAGACCUUCUGGAGCUGCUGACGGAGGUCAAUCGUCAGGUGUGUGAGCUGGAUGUGCUGGGUCCUGACUGCAAUGAGCACCGCAAAGCCUGCCUGGAGAUCCGCAGCUCGCUGAGGCACCGGCUCUGCCUGCAGCUUCCCAGUCGGUGCUGACAGUGGGUGGCCAUACCCCAGUGCCACCACAGACCCCACCCACUUCUCAGUUACUUUACCUACAAAUGGGGCAUCACAGCAGGGUGCUGGGCACAGCUGGCAUGCAAUAAACCUCUGUUGAUCACUGCAUACAUGAGUAGUGCCUGCUUUCAGGGGGGUGGGACAGUAAGUAAAAUAAUAUAUGCAAUGUGCCCAUCACUUUGUAAAGGCACAUUUGUGCCCCUGGAAACCAGAUGCUGGGCCUGGGGGAAAUGCGGGUGCGAGGAGGGUGGGCAGCAUCUGAGACAAACCCAGAAUGGGCUAGGCUGGGCUGGAUGUCCUGGGAAAGGGCAGCUUUGGGUACAUAUCACUCUCCCAGCCCACCUGCACGCCAAACGGUAGAAAAGCAGAAGACUUGUGCUCUGCCUUCACGACUGUCAGAGUCCAGUUUGGGGCCACAGUCUUGGAGCAAAGCAUUGCAGAUUUAGCGGUGCUGUGAUGCGGAAAGCACAGUGAUGGCGGGAGCAGGGGGCUCCUUCUGACCCAGCGCGGGCUGGGAGCACGUAGGGAAGGAGAUCGGAAAGGACCUCCUCAGGUAGGAGGGGCAGUGGGGGCCAGACCCGGUCUCAAAUUCACAACAACAGGACCUCAGGCUAAGCUAAAUUGAGUGGAGGAGCCCAGCUCGGAGCCCCGCCCACAUGGAGCUCGAAAGGGGUAGGGGGAGCAGAGCUCCUAUCCACUCUGAGAAUCCACACUAAUGCCUGCCGCGCAGGCGCCUAGUCAAAAAGCUUCAUGGAAAAAGCUAUAGAGCAUUUUUUUCACAGGGCCGCGUGGCCUAAUGGAUAAGGCGUCUGAUUCCGGAUCAGAAGAUUGAGGGUUCAAGUCCCUUCGUGGUCGCUGUUGAGGUUGGUUUUUCUCCUUCUGCUUAA